UAUGGCAACGGCACACCUUGUGGUUGUUGUCAAUUUCCCCCCUAGCUAGCCAGAACAAGUUAAGAGCUAUCAUGUAGUUUWAUAAUUAUAAUAUUUAGCUACACAACAAUAACGAAAACGUUAAAAUGUCGGAUAUAUUAUGCAGGUGGCUUAACGUAGAGCUCCGGCUAUCAAAAACCGUUGACCCCAGGUCCAUCUCUAAGGAUUUUGCAAAUGGCUAUCUUAUUGGAGAGGUCCUGCAUAAAUAUCAACUGCAGGGGGAUUUUGACCUGUUCUUAAAGAGCAACACUGCAAACUCAAAGCUGAAUAACUUCACACUCAUGGAACCCACAUUGCAACUGCUCGGAGUUUCCUUGGACCUGAGCAUGGCCCAAGCAGUGAUGCGGGAGCAGCACGGUGCUGCCACACGGYUGCUUUAUCAGCUCUUCAUACUGCUGCAGAAGAAGAGGAAAGCCGGCCUGACGGGCACAGCUAUGGAGGCUAUGCAGCCAGCUGCCACAGCUUGCCUCCACCGUGUUGAGAAUGACAUCUACUCUGAGCGCCUGAGGACAGUCGUCAAGAGAGAGGCUGAUCUGAAACUCCAAAAAAUCGCUCUGAGGUACGAAAUCAAAGGUCGAGAGAUAUAUGACAAGUCUGUCAUGGCCCACUUUGUGGAGGAGCAGAGACGGCAGAAAGUGCAGGAAGAGAUGAGACUCCAGGACAUUGAAAAGCACCGACAUGCACGCAGAAAGCAGCAUGAGAUAAUGACUCGAAUUCAGACCRCCAUCAUCCAAAUUCCCAAACCCCCGCCCAACCGGACAUUGAAGGCCCUGGAAAAACAACAACAGAACCGGAAGAAGCAGGAGGCUCAGGUGAAAGAAGAAUGUCUAUAUUGUAAAGUGUCAGGCUAUGUAAAAAGGGUUUGGAGUGUAAGGCAAUGAGAGGAUACAUGACAGUAGACGGGACAGAUAAUAUAACGUAUUAUACACUCCAGGGUGAAGUUUYCCCUAGCUACAGAUCUAGGAUCAGCUCCCCCYCCCCAAACCA